CGGUGGGGGAGGCGGUGGAGGGAGCAGCGGCAGCCCCACCACCUGUAUCCGGGAUAACGGCUGCCUCCAUGCACGGCAGUAGCACACGGAGCAGCGUCGACAGCGCCGCUAGCAGGAGCAUUGACGUGGGGGUGGGUGGGGGAACGGUACGGCAUGCCCACGUUAGUGGUGUGGGGGAUACGACGGGUACGGCAGGUGUGGAUGCGGGUACGGCAGGUGUGGAGGUGGAGGCGGCGGUGGCGGCUGCUCGGCGGUUAGUGGUUGAUGCGCGGGGGGCGGCGCAGGCGGCGGGCAGGGCGGUGGCGGGGUGGCAGGUGGCUGCUGCGGCGGUGGAGGCGGCGAGGAGGGAGCGCAACCCGCGGAGCGAGCUGAGGGCCAGGGCUGAGCGGGAGUUGGCGGACCUGCGGGCUCAGCUGGCGGCAGCGCAGGAGGAGGCGUCCUCCUCCGAGUCCCAGCAGCGGGCGCUGGCCGAGGCGGACCGCGCGCUGGGGCGGGGCGGGCUGCCCGCACUGCUGCUGGAGGAGGUGCUGGGGCAGCUGCAGACCUACACCGCCCACUACCUGCAGGAGCUGGCUGAGGGGUUCGUGCUGGAGCUCACCCCCACACGACCCGCAGCGGGCUGGGCCUCAUCUGCCACCUCCUCUCCCUCCUCCCCCUCCUCUGCCUCUUCCUCUGCACCCCCCUCCUCCUCCUCCUCGAGAAAGCGAGCGGCGGCGGAGGAGCGCGAGCGCGAGCGCGAGGAGAUCUGCAAGGUCAUCCGUGUACGGCACCCGGCUGACGGCUCGCUGCGUGUACGGGAUGUACGGCAGCUGAGUGGCGGGGAGCGGCGGCGGGUGGCGCUAGCGCUGAGCUUGGGGUUUGCGGAGCUGGUGCGGCGGAGGCGGCGGCUGGCGUGCAAUGUUAUGGUGCUGGAUGAGGUCCUGCAGCAGCUGGACGGCACGGGCUGCGAGGCGGUGGCGCGGGUGCUGCGGGAGCUGCCGCACGCCUCGGUGCUGCUGGUGGGGCACCGCAGCAGCGCCGCCACCGCGGGGUUCGAGGUGGUGGAUGUGGUGGUGAAGCAGGGGGGGGCGGCCCGGGUGCGGCUGGCGGAGUGA